AUGCAACGUUCACCAUCUUCCUCUAUUCUCAGAAGCCCGUCAGACUACAAGGAGAAGCCCACGCAAUCGGUGGAAUUCCUUGAAGAAGGUUAUGGAGAACUUAGUUCUCAAGAGUCUCCAUUCAAGGAGCAUGAGUUGAAAAAGGGUCUAAAAAACAGACACGUUCAGUUGAUCGCCUUGGGCGGUGCUAUUGGCACAGGCUUGUUCUUGGGCUCGGGCCAGGUGUUGUACCAGACGGGUCCAGCGCCGUUGUGGAUCUCUUAUUUGGUGAUGUCGGUGGUGGUGUGGUUUGUGAUGAAUAUGUUGGCGGAAAUGGCUGCUUUUUUGCCGGUGCCGGGAACGGGCUCCCAGCAAUUUAUCAAUGACUUCACCGACCCUUCCUUGGGCUUUGCUCUCGGCUACAACUACUGGUAUGGGUUCUCCAUUCUUGUGGCGACCGAGAUUGUGGCAGCAGCGAUGUUGAUUCAGUAUUGGACAACAGACGUCCACAUUGCUGUGUGGAUCUCGAUAUUGUUGGCCAUGAUGCUUAUAUUGAACUUGUUGCCCGUGCAAUUUUACGGUGAGGCAGAAUUCUUCUUUGCCAGUAUCAAGAUAUUUGCAAUCACCGGUUUGAUCAUUUUGGGUAUCGUGUUGAUGUUUGGCGGAGGGCCAACAGGAGAUAGACUUGGCUUUCGUCAUUGGACAGGAGGAAAUGCCUUUCAUCAGCACUUGGUUCCUGGAAGCACAGGCCGCUUUUUGGCAACUUGGACUGCUAUCGUCAGGGCAGGAUACUCUUUCAUUAUGAGUCCUGAAUUGAUCGUGGCUUGCUCAGGAGAAGUUGUUAGGCCCCGCCGUAUUAUCCCAAGAUGUGCUAAUCAGUUCAUUUACCGUUUGGCAUUCUUCUACAUCAUUGGUUCGUUGGUGAUUGGUAUUAUCGCUGACUCAAGAAGUACAAGGUUGAUGGGAGAGAAGAAUGCUUCAGCUUCCCCUUUUGUCGUGGGUAUCCAGAAUGCUGGCAUUCCUGUCUUGAACCACAUCAUCAACGCAGUCAUCUUGACUUCAGCUGCUUCUGCUGGAAACUCCUUUUUCUACGCUGGCUCCAGAACUCUCUAUUCACUUGCAAAGAGAGGCUUGGCCCCUAGGCUCUUCACCAGAGUAAACAGGUUUGGAGUUCCUAUCUACUGCGUUUUUGUCGUCUUUGCAGUCGGAUGCUUGGCUUACCUCAAUGUCUCUAGCUCCUCUUCCCAGGUGUUCCAGUGGUUUUCCAACAUCACCACUAUUUCUGGCUACAUUUCCUGGAUUACCGCCGCCUUUGCCUACACCAGGUGGAGAAAAGCCAUUGCCUUCCAGGGCCUCGAGGAUAGAGUCCCAUACAAGACGAGGUUUCAGCCUUAUGGAGCGUAUUUUGUCAUUGGCUUUGUCUCUUUGAUUACCCUCACCAAUGGAUACGCCGUGUUCUUCGACUUCCACAUUGGUGACUUCCUUGCUGCGUAUAUCACCUUGCCCAUAGUUUUUGGCCUUUACGUUGGCCACCGCAUCUACUCGUAUUUCUGGGUGGGCCGCAAGAGGUGGCUCAACCCAUACGAGGAGUUCGACUUCAGUAAGUUGGAGGCUGUUGAAGAAGAGGAACGCAAUUACGUCAAUCCAAUACCAAAGAACGCUUGGGAGAAGGUCGUUUUUAAAAUCUUUUAG